AUGCAUACGGCCCAGUCGGACCGCGGCAAUGAGACCCCACCGCCUGCGUCUUUCGCCAUUACAAACCUGCGCACAGGUGAGGUGCUGCUUGAGUUGACGUCCUCGCCCUGUGCGCUGCCGGCGGCACCGGCUGCGGCUGUGGAAGCAGCCCUAGAUGGCCGUGGUUUCUUUAGCGACGCAUUUGCCUUUCUAGCGGCGGCACAGGCGAAAAGCUACGAAUUCUUCGGCCGAAAUAUGGCGAAAGAUUCAAAGACACGGCCUGCUGUCACCGCCGCCGCUCGCGGUCAAAAGGAACAGGACGUUGAUCCAAUGAACGCGUGCGAUGUGCCAAGCAGCAGUUGCAUGGACUCCGCCGAAUGGGAGGGGGACGACGCGGGGACGAACGAUGAUGGUCACGAGGACGAGGACGGUGAUGUUGGGGGCGACGGCCCCAACUCGUUGGAGCCACCUUCAAAGAGACGUCGAGGAUAA